AUGCGGUCUGCACUUCUUCAGGGCUUAGUCCUCGGCCUUUGGCUCAAAAUUAGCCUUGUGAGCGGUCAAAAUGGCUCUGCUUUCCAGAACGAGACAUUCGACGGCGAGGUGGAACAAUCGUACUUCCUUGUCAAUUCGGCAUUUGGUAUCUUGAGGAACGAUAUCCCAGCUCAGGCUCUGGAUCUUCCUACCGGUACCUGCAACGAUCAAACGCCAUGUGUCUCCGGACUGUGCGGAUACUCUCCUUCGGAGUGCGGAGCCGGAAACUGCUCCUCUAACUGCGAUGCCAAAGCAGAGUGCGGCCAGUACGGCAAGCCUGGCAAGCAGCAGUGUCCGCUCGGAGGAUGCCAGAAGGACUUUGGAGGCUGCGGCGACGUCAAGCGACCAUCUUGCAGCAAAGAUGGUGGUAGCGUCGAUGGCAUAAACAUUGGCUACUACGAAUCGUGGGCCAACACUAGGGCAUGCAGCAAGGUGUCUCCCGAAGACCUCAAUCUUGAUGGUUUUACGCACCUCAAUUUUGCCUUUGUCUUCUUCCAUCCCACCACUUUCGACAUUGUUCCAAUGGACAAGAACGCGGGCAAGCUGCUGAGUCGCUUCACCAAGUUGAAAGAGAAGAAGCCUGGACUUCAAACUUGGGUCAGCGUGGGUGGAUGGUCCUUCAACGAUCCCGGCCCAUACCAACAGGCUUUCAGCAACAUGGCCAGUACAGCAGCAAAUCGCAAGACCUUCAUCAACAAGCUCAUCAAGUUUAUGGACACAUACGGAUUCGAUGGAGCUGACUUGGACUGGGAAUACCCUACCGCUGAUGAUCGCGGAGGCAAGGCCGGCGAUUCAGCCAACUUCGUUCUGCUGUCGAAAGACAUCAAGGAUGCCUUUCGUGGAAAGUACGGCUAUACCAUAACGCUGCCGGCAUCCUAUUGGUACCUGCAACACUUCGACGUGUCCAAGCAUCAAGAGUCUGUUGAUUGGCUCAACGUGAUGUCAUAUGACCUUCACGGUGUCUGGGACGCCGCAUCGAAAUACACUGGGCCCAAACUCGCAACUCACACCAACAUCACUGAGAUCAACAUGGCCUUGGACCUCCUCUGGCGCGCGGGGGUCAAACCAAACAAAGUUGUCUUGGGAAAAGGCUAUUACGGCCGCUCGUUUACCCUCACCGAUCCGAGCUGCAACAAGCCAGACGGCUCAUGCACGUUCUCUGGAGGUGCCAAAGAGGGUCGGUGUUCGAAGGCUUCCGGCAUUCUUACUCUACAAGAGAUCCAAGAGCUCAUCAAGGAGAAGAACCUCAAGCCGGUCCAUGAUCUGAAAGCCGGAGUCAAAUGGAUACAAUGGGACAAUGAUCAAUGGGUUUCGUACGACGACCAAGAUACUUUUAGGCAGAAGGCAGAAUUCGCGAACUCGCGGUGCUUGCGUAAGGAGUGA